AUGUGGAAGUCCCCAGGAGCCAUGAACAAAGGUUCACUCGAACCCCAAACAAAGGUACGCUUAUCCAAUGGUAUGCUUAUCCGCUUAUCCAAUGGUAUGCUUAUCCAAUGGUAUGCUUAUCCAAUGGUACGCUUAUCCAAUGGUACGCUCAUCCAAUGGUACGCUCAUCCAAUGGUACACUUAUCCAAUGGUAUGCUUAUCCAAUGGUAUGCUUAUCCAAUGGUAUGCUUAUCCAAUGGUAUGCUUAUCCAAUGGUAUGCUUAUCCAAUGGUACGCUUAUCCAAUGGUAUGCUUAUCCAAUGGUAUGCUUAUCCAAUGGUACGCUCAUCCAAUGGUAUGCUUAUCCAAUGGUACGCUCAUCCAAUGGUAUGCUUAUCCAAUGGUACGCUUAUCCAAUGGUAUGCUUAUCCAAUGGUACGCUUAUCCAAUGGUACGCUUAUCCAAUGGUAUGCUUAUCCAUGGUACGCUUAUCCAAUGAAAGCCUUCGACACCGUACCCCGCAGCAGACUAGUACCCAACAUGGAGAAUGAAGCAGGAAUGCCCUUAGACACCGUACCCCGCAGCAGACUAGUACCCAGCAAAGAGAAUGAAGCAGGAAUGCCCUUAGACACCGCACCCUACAGCAGACUAGUACCAACAUGGAGCAAAGAGAAUGCCCUUAGACAGCAGCAGACUAGUACCCCUGGAGAAUAUGACACCGCACCCUACAGCAGACUAGUACCCAGCAAAGAGAAUGAAGCAGGAAUGCCCUUAGACACCGCACCCUACAGCAGACUAAUACCCAACAUGGAGAAUGAAGCAGGAAGUGAUAGUGAAUUACUUUAUGCCGAUUGGCACGGAAUAGUGAUCUGGAAGAGAAACAUUAUCUUUGUGUCUCCAGGGGUUCGAGGAGCUGAUAGUGAUCUGGUCCUCGAGCUGCUGAUAAUACUCAGCAAGUACGUCAACAACAAGUGCGUCAACAACAAGUACGUCAACAACAAGUGCGUCAACAAUUACGUCAACAACAAGUGCGUCAACAACAAGUGCGUCAACAGUAAGUGCGUCAACAACAAGUACGUCAACAACAAGUGCGUCAACAACAAGUGCGUCAACAGUAAGUGCGUCAACAACAAGUGCGUCAACAACAAGUGCGUCAACAACAAGUACGUCAACAACAAGUGCGUCAACAGUAAGUGCGUCAACAACAAGUGCGUCAACAACAAGUGCGUCAACAGUAAGUGCGUCAACAACAAGUACGUCAACAACAAGUGCGUCAACAGUAAGUGCGUCAACAGUAAGUGCGUCAACAAGUGCGUCAACAAGUGCGUCAACAGUAAGUGCGUCAACAGUAAGUGCGUCAACAACAAGUGCGUCAACAACAAGUGCGUCAACAACAAGUGCGUCAACAACAAGUGCGUCAACAGUAAGUGCGUCAACAACAAGUACGUCAACAACAAGUGCGUCAACAGUAAGUGCAUCAACAAGUGCGUCAACAAUAAGUACGUCAACAGUAAGUGCGUCAACAACAAGUGCGUCAACAGUAAGUGCGUCAGCAGUAAGUGCGUCAACAGUAAGUGCGUCAACAGUAAGUGCGUCAACAACAAGUGCGUCAACAGUAAGUGCGUCAACAACAAGUGCGUCAACAGUAAGUGCGUCAACAGUAAGUGCGUCAACAGUAAGUGCGUCAACAGUAAGUGCGUCAACAGUAAGUGCGUCAACAACAAGUGCGUCAACAGUAAGUGCGUCAACAGUAAGUGCGUCAACAACAAGUGCGUCAACAGUAAGUGCGUCAACAACAAGUGCGUCAACAACAAGUGCGUCAACAGUAAGUGCGUCAACAGUGAGUGUGUCAACAACAAGUACGUCAACAUCAAGUGCGUCAACAAGUGCGUCAACAGUAAGUGCGUCAACAGUGAGUGUGUCAACAACAAGUACGUCAACAGUAAGUGCGUCAACAAGUGCGUCAACAUCAAGUGCGUCAACAACAAGUGCGUCAAAAACAAGUGCGUCAACAACAAGUACGUCAACAACAAGUGCGUCAACAGUAAGUGCGUCAACAACAAGUACGUCAACAACAAGUACGUCAACAGUAAGUACGUCAACAACAAGUACGUCAACAACAAGUACGUCAACAGCAAGUGCGUCAACAUCAAGUGCGUCAACAUCAAGUACGUCAACAACAAGUGCGUCAACAGUAAGUGCGUCAACAACAAGUACGUCAACAACAAGUGCGUCAACAACAAGUGCGUCAACAACAAGUACGUCAACAGUAAGUACGUCAACAACAAGUACGUCAACAACAAGUGCGUCAACAACAAGUGCGUCAACAACAAGUGCGUCAACAACAAGUGCGUCAACAACAAGUGCGUCAACAAGUGCGUCAACAACAAGUGCGUCAACAAGUACGUCAAUAAGUGCGUCAACAACAAGUGCGUCCACAGUAAGUACGUCAACAGUAAGUGCGUCAACAUCAAGUGCGUCAACAACAAGUGCGUCAAAAACAAGUGCGUCAACAACAAGUACGUCAACAACAAGUGCGUCAACAGUAAGUGCGUCAACAACAAGUACGUCAACAACAAGUACGUCAACAGUAAGUGCGUCAACAACAAGUACGUCAACAGUAAGUACGUCAACAACAAGUACGUCAACAACAAGUACGUCAACAGCAAGUGCGUCAACAACAAGUGCGUCAACAAGUGCGUCAACAACAAGUGCGUCAACAAGUGCGUCAACAACAAGUGCGUCAACAACAAGUACGUCAACAACAAGUGCGUCAACAACAAGUGCGUCAACAACAAGUGCGUCAACAACAAGUGCGUCAACAACAAGUGCGUCAACAACAAGUGCGUCAACAACAAGUACGUCAACAACAAGUGCGUCAACAGUAAGUGCGUCAACAACAAGUACGUCAACAACAAGUACGUCAACAGUAAGUACGUCAACAACAAGUACGUCAACAACAAGUACGUCAACAGCAAGUGCGUCAACAUCAAGUGCGUCAACAUCAAGUACGUCAACAACAAGUGCGUCAACAGUAAGUGCGUCAACAACAAGUACGUCAACAACAAGUGCGUCAACAACAAGUGCGUCAACAACAAGUACGUCAACAGUAAGUACGUCAACAACAAGUACGUCAACAACAAGUGCGUCAACAACAAGUGCGUCAACAACAAGUGCGUCAACAACAAGUGCGUCAACAACAAGUGCGUCAACAACAAGUGCGUCAACAAGUGCGUCAACAACAAGUGCGUCAACAAGUACGUCAAUAAGUGCGUCAACAACAAGUGCGUCCACAGUAAGUACGUCAACAGUAAGUGCGUCAACAUCAAGUGCGUCAACAACAAGUGCGUCAAAAACAAGUGCGUCAACAACAAGUACGUCAACAACAAGUGCGUCAACAGUAAGUGCGUCAACAACAAGUACGUCAACAACAAGUACGUCAACAGUAAGUGCGUCAACAACAAGUACGUCAACAGUAAGUACGUCAACAACAAGUACGUCAACAACAAGUACGUCAACAGCAAGUGCGUCAACAACAAGUGCGUCAACAAGUGCGUCAACAACAAGUGCGUCAACAACAAGUACGUCAACAACAAGUGCGUCAACAACAAGUGCGUCAACAACAAGUGCGUCAACAACAAGUGCGUCAACAACAAGUGCGUCAACAACAAGUGCGUCAACAACAAGUGCGUCAACAACAAGUGCGUCAACAACAAGUGCGUCAACAGUAAGUACGUCAACAUCAAGUACGUCAACAUCAAGUACGUCAACAACAAGUACGUCAACAAAUACAUCAACAGGUACGUCAACGUUAAGUACGUCAUCAAGCACAUCAACAAAUACGUCAUCAAGUACGUCAACAACAAGUACGUCAACAGCAAGUACAUCAACAAAUACGUCAUCAAGUACAUCAACAAAUACGUCAUCAAGUACGUCAACAACAAGUACGUCAACAGCAAGUACAUCAACAAAUACGUCAUCAAGUACAUCAACAAAUACAUCAACAAGUACGUCAGCGUCAAGUACGUCAGCGUCAAGUACGUCAGCGUCAAGUACGUCAGCGUCAAGUACGUCAGCGUCAAGUACGUCAACGUCAAGAACGUUUACUCACUCUCCAGUCUCAUUCUCAGAAUUUCAUUUCGUGUUAUUGAUUUCCAGUUCUGUUGA